AUGGUAGAGGUGCAUGCUGAGCGUGUGUGCACGUCAGCGUGACUUCAUCUGUGCCUCACUCCCACAUGGAACAAGCAGACGUGCAGGAUGCCUUUGAAUGCGCGAGUCACCGGAUACGGCAGCGUGGCGAGCCCCGGGCUUUCUACCGGCGCCACAGGCUCGGAUUCGGCCCCGCUGCUCAUCCCGCAGCCGGAGCCUCCCCCGCAGUGGCAGCCCCUGACUAAGGAGGAACUGGAAGUGGCCGCGGGGGGUGCGGGGUGGCGCAGGGCGCGUCAUUACCUGGUGCUGCUGUUCUGGCUCACCUGGCUAGCGAUGCUCGCCACCGCCAUCGCCGUCAUCGUGAUGAGCCCACGGCCGGUGGAAACGCCGCUUAAGUGGUGGCAGAAGACGUUGUUCUACCGCCUGGAACGCGACGUGCUCACGGAGAAGCAGGCCGACGCGUCAGAGGGCGUCGAUGCACUGGGUGAACAUCUGCAAUACCUCAAGUCCUUGGGUAUAGGAGCUCUGAUCCUGGAGGGUCAAUUUGAAAAGAAGGCCUCUCAUUUAACCCUCAAUGGCACUAAACGAUUUGGGCCUCAGAUUGACAAUCUGCUUGCAGAAAGCGUCAAAGCCGAUUUCAAAGUGUUGUUGGACGUGUGUGAUCUGGAUCUGAUGGGUCCUCAGAACGCAGAUAAGACAUCAAAUCUCUCUGCCAAAGAACAUUAUGCCCUUCGGAUCUGGCUGGAACAGGGUGUGGCAGGCUUUGUAAUCUGUGACACAGAUGCUGCAUAUUCAGAAAAGACACUUCUGGAGUGGAAGGGUGUCUUCAAAGAAUUCAGCAGUACGGAUAACGAAAGGAUUGUGAUGUUAAAAGAGACUAAAGAAGUUCCACCUGCAGUAAAAUUCUUUAGCCACAUCAAUAUUACGCUGGUGGAUGCCUUCAUGAGGUCACUUCUUCCAUCCUCGCAACACCUCCUAUCCGCAAAGGAAGUGGCUGAGGCCAUAGAGACACACCUGCAAACGGGAGAAGACGAAAUAUGGCUCAGCUGGACAGUUGGCGGUAAAGCAUCUCGUCACUUAAUGAAAUUACUCCUGGUGUUGGUGAUGACUCUGCCAGGGUCACCUGUAGUGUGGUUGGAUGAAGACAUCGACCAGGCUCAGAACGUGUCGCUGAAUGUUGGCUCGUCGCAUGGAGACCCAAACAAAUCGCCAGAACUCUAUAAGGACGAGGGGAAGAAGCAUUCAGCUUCUGCACUCUUCACCACCCUCAGUCACACCAGAGCCAGAGAAGAAGCUCUCCUGUUCGGCAGUUUUACUUACCUCCCGUUCAAUUCUUCCAGCUCCAACUCCACUCUUCCCUUUCGACCAUCUUCCCCGAUACUAGCCUUCUUGCGCACCUGGGGUUGUGUCCAGUUCCUUGUUCUCCUUAACAUCGGGUCUAAGCCUCAUGCCCUGGCUCCCACCUGGGCGCCGCACCUGCCCAAAGCCGGGGUCUUUGUGGCCAAUACGGGAAUGGCCCGCUUGGGCUCGACAACUCUGGACACGUUGGAACUGCGACCCCAUGAAGCCAUCUUAAUCAAACUAUUUGAGGCAGGAAGCUACUCGUAGAGCUUAGAGCAGUCAAUUGUGAGAUAUUUCAGCAUUCUGGAUCUUUUUUUUCUUCUUUUUUUGUUUGUUUGACGUGCUCAGGUCAGUGAAAUGAUUCUGCUGAUCCAUUAGGUAUAAUUGACAAUGUU